UUUCUGAACUGACAAAAGAAGAAAAUCCAAUUUCUAUAAAAAUGUUUCCCUCCCUUUUUAAGAAAUGAGCAGUGACAUUUUCCUUCUUUAUACAGAUACUUGAAAGACAGAAACAAGAACAUUACCCCCCAAGAAAACCCAUGUCAUCUACAAAUUCCCUCCUAAAAUAUCUACUUAAAAACCCUAACUUCAUAGGCACCAAAUGCCAGGCCAAACAACUGCACGCCCAAAUCUUAAAAUUCAAGCCUUUAUCUUCCACUCACCUCUCUACUCUCAUCUCCAUUUACUCCAAUUUCAGCCUCUUGCAUGACUCUCUCCUUCUCUUCAGAACCCUUAGCUCACCUUCAUUUCUUGCCUAUAAGUCAGUAAUUAGAUGUUACACUGCCCAUGGUCUUUGUAUUCAAUCCUUGUCUUGUUUUAUUCAGAUGAGAGCUUCCGGUAAACACCCAGAUCAUAAUGUGUUCCCUUCUGUUAUAAAGUCAUGUACUCUGUUGUUGGAUUUCAAAUUAGGCGAGUCUGUCCAUGGGUGCAUUAUUAGAUUGGGUGUGGACGUUGACUUGUACACUGGUAAUGCCCUCAUGAACAUGUAUGCAAAAUUUCAGAGCUUGGAUUUGUGUAGCUCGGAGAGAAUUAUCACGCAUAAACUGCUUGAUGAAAUGCCUGACAGAAUUUGUUAUGAUGAAUUAUUACACGAAUUUGAGAAAGGGAUUAUGGGUAUGCAUCAAAAUGUUAGCUUACAUCCAGAUAGAAAGGUGUCGCCUCAAAUUAGUGUAAAUGGCUAUAUUACUGAUCAAUCUUACAAGGCAAGUCAUAAUAUUUGUAGGACUUCCGAUGUUGAUAGUGUGAGAAAGGUUUUUGAGAUGAUGCCCAAAAGAGAUCUUGUUUCUUGGAAUACAGUUAUUGCAGGAAAUGCACAUAAUGGUAUGCAUGAAGAAGCUCUAGUGAUGGUUAGGGAAAUGGGAAAUGUCAGUUUGAAGCCUGACUCGUUUACUUUGUCAAGUGUUCUUCCUAUCUUUGCAGAAUAUGUGAAUGUUGAUAAGGGGAAAGAAAUUCAUGGAUAUGCUAUAAGACAUGGUCUUGAUGGAGAUGUAUUUAUCGGUAGCAGCUUAAUUGACAUGUAUGCAAAGUGUACUCGGGUGGAAGAUUCAUUACGGGUUUUUAGCCUGUUACCUAGACGGGAUGACAUUUCUUGGAACUCUAUUAUUGCAGGGUGUGUACAGAACAGUUUAUUUGAUGAAGGCUUGAGGUUCUUUCGGCAGAUGUUGAAGGCUAAUGUUAAGCCUCGUCAAGUUUCUUUUUCCAGUAUCUUACCAGCUUGUGCUCAUUUGACAACAUUAAAUUUGGGAAGACAGCUUCAUGGAUACAUAUUAAGGGUUAGAUUUGAUAAUAAUGUGUUUAUAGCUAGUUCACUCGUGGACAUGUAUGCCAAAUGUGGGAAUGUUAAAGUAGCUAGAUGGAUAUUUGAUAAAAUGAAGCAACAUGACAUGGUGUCCUGGACAGCCAUGAUCAUGGGAUAUGCUUUACAUGGUCAUGCCCGUGAUGCCAUUUCCUUAUUUGAACAAAUGGAGAUGAGGGGAGUAAGACCAAACUAUGUGGCUUUUGUGGCUGUAUUAACUGCUUGUAGUCAUGCUGGUUUGAUAGAUGAAGCUCGGCAAUAUUUUAACAGUAUGACCCAGAACUAUGGGAUUUCACCAGGCUUAGAACAUUAUGCUGCAAUGUCCGACCUUCUUGGCAGAGCAGGAAAGUUGGAUGAAGCUUAUAAGUUAAUUUCUAGUAUGGACAGACCUACAGGGAGUGUUUGGUCAACAGUGCUUGCUGCUUGUAGAGUCCACAAGAAUGUUGACUUGGCUGAAAAGGUUGCCAAUAAAAUAUUUGAGGUUGAUCCGGAGAAUGUGGGAGCGUAUGUUCUCUUGUCAAACAUAUAUUCAUCUGCUCAGAGAUGGAAAGAUACAUCAAAAUUGCGAGCCUUUAUGAGGGAUAAGGGCAUAAGGAAAACUCCUGCUUUCAGUUGGAUUGAAGUUAAAAACCAGAUGCAUGGUUUUGUAUCAGGAGAUAAAUCUCACCCAAAUUAUGAAAAGAUAAAUGAGUUUCAGAAAGUCCUACUAGAGAAGAUGGAACAAGAAGGGUAUGUUCCUGACACAACAGAGGUGCUUCACGAUGUUGAGGAGGAACAGAAGAAAAACCUAUUAUAUGGCCACAGUGAGAGACUUGCCAUAGCAUUUGGUAUUAUAAGCACUCCUGCUGGGACAACUAUUCGAGUUACAAAGAACAUUAGGGUCUGUUUGGACUGCCAUACAGCAACAAAAAUCAUAUCAAAGAUAGUCAAUAGAGAGAUAGUUGUGAGGGAUAAUAACCGCUUUCACCAUUUCAAGGAUGGAAAGUGCUCGUGUGGUGAUUAUUGGUGAUAGGAGUGAGGGACUUGCCAGCAUUUUUCUGUCAGCAUUAGCAGUCCAGCCAGGAAACAUUUGAAUGAUGAUCAGCAUUCUGAGUUUGAGGACUUGCCACGCGACGGGCAAAGAAAAUUUUCCUGUGACAACAUGCAGUUAGGGAGCAACACAUUCUGGACAUGUGGAAAGAUCGAUAGUAAGUUACAAAUUUAGCUUAAAGUACGAAGACGAAAACAUCUUUAACUCUAACAUGCUUUGUUGAUCCUAUUCCUACAUGCUUUCUUGGCCAUAAUUUAAUGAGCAUUAAGUAGCAUCUUUAACGCCGAGAAGAUUAUGUACUGCAUAGUCUCUAAAGAAGAUAUCAGAAUUGAGAAUUAGAAGAAUUUAAGCUUAUAUUGAAAUUAAAUUUUGAUAAUUGUGAGAUAGAUACCUGGUGACCUCUCUCUCUCUGUGUAUAAAUGUCUUACUUUUGAUUGUUGAUACUGAUAUAUCUGCUGGUUGAGGGCUUUAAUUUUAAGAUGUGCCUGUUUUGAUUGAUGUUCA